AUGUCAAAAGUUAUACUUGUCACUGGUGGAAAUGCCGGCAUAGGGUUCUCCUUGGUUCGUCUGUUGGCGGAGAAAGGUCACACAGUCUACCUGGGAUCGAGAAACCCAGUUGCAGGAAAGGAGGCUCAGGAGAAGUUGAACGCUGAAGGACUGAAAACAGUCAAAUCUGUCCAGUUGGAUGUGACACAGAUCGAUACCGUUGAAGCAGCCAAGAAAAUAAUCGAAAAGGACGAGGGGAAACUCGACGUACUCGUCAACAAUGCAGGAAUCAGCAAGAUGGAGGCCAGCCAGAAAGCCACCACAGUUGAAAUCCCCGUCCUGCGAGACGCUAUGGAAACCAAUUUCUUUGGUCUCGUCCAAACAACUCAAGCCUUUUUGCCCCUCAUACGCAAAUCGUCGCAAGGUGUUAUUUUAAACGUCAGCACAGAUAUGGCUUCCAACACCUAUAUGGCUCGCGGUGAUUCUACCCUUCAUGUCGUCGCGUACAACACCAGCAAAGCCGCCAUGAACUCCUACACAAUCGCGUUGGCGUAUGAAUUGAAGGAAGAAGGGAUCAAAGUUAAUGCGGUGACUCCUGGCUUCACCACCACCAAACUUAAUAACCAUGCACCUGGUGGUAAAACUGAAAAGGAGGGUGCCGCAUCACUGUUGCCAUUUGCAUUGCUGGGGAAAGAGGGCCCAACAGGAAAGUUCUUCGAUUGGAACGGCACCGAGUUCCCGUGGUAG